AUGAAUGCGGCCGUCGACGCCAUCACUUUGGCCGCUUUCAGCGGCCUUCAGCCGCGGCCAGCGGGUACCCUCGGCCUCGAUUUGCCGCCCCAUUUGAUGUCGGCCAACAGUUUGUUGGAUUCGUCGACGUCCACGUCAACGUUGACGUCCACGUCGACGGCCUCCCCGUCGGCCGCAGCUGCUGCGGCGGCGGCGGCGGCGGCAGCGGCCGCUGCAGCUCUCUUCGCUCCGACGCCGAGUUCGCUGUUGUCGGGCCAGCUUCUGCUGGCCGGUCUGUUGUUCGGCCCGUCCGAGCACCAACCGUGUCCGUUCCGCACGACCGGCUUCUCGGCCUAUCCCUCCUCCGAGCUCGACUACCUCGGCCCGAGCCUGCCGCCUCCCGUCGGCCUCGUCUCGGCCAGGCCCUCCUCCACUCCCUCCACCUCGCCCGUCCAUCGCUCAUUCGCCCAACUCGAUCUGCCCUCGCCAGCCCAACAGACUCGACUGCAAGUCGAGCGCCAACUUCAACUGCAACUCCAA